UAGAAAACAAGAAAUGCAAACCCAACCCAAUCCACAUUAUCUAUGCUUCUGCUUUUGGUUGUUCAUCUGACAUUCUACAGAGAUUUUUGCAGCCUUUCUUGUUUAUUUAUUGCUCUCUAUCAUUUUUAAUUGCUGGCCUGUAAAAUCUUCAGUCUCAAGUUUUGAAGUUUGAAUCUUUACAUUUACUUUAUUACUGGCUGGUUGGCUGGCUGGCUUCCAACUAACUCUUGAGGUUGCUGUGGUCUCCAGUCAAAGCAAUUGGGUCUUCAGUGAUCGCACAAUUUCAUGAUAUUUUCACUAUUUCAAAAGCAAUUGAUUGAGUUGGAUGUGAUGCUGCUGGAGUUGCAAAUCGUUGAGUCUUCAGAGCGAGCGAGUUUGCAGAGAUCCAUUUUGUUUUGAUUCUUAUAUAAAGUGAUAAUAUUUUGUUUGGGUUAGAUGGUUUUUGGAGUGGAUUUGAAGCAAAGCUGAGAGAAUGCGAUAAGCGAAGUCAUUCUUUUUUACUCAAAUGCUUUGGAUUUGGUGGAAAGAAUAUUGCCUUCUGAUUUUGAAAGGCUUGGCUGUAUUGGUUGGAGUUCAGUUGUGCAGCAAAAGUUGAUAAAGAUUUGGGUGUCGGCUAUCUAUUUUUUGCUUUCUUGUUUUGUUUUCUGCAACUUUGAAGAGGAUUCGUGGUGGUUUUUCAAUGACACGUCUGUAAACUUGUAAUUGUGUGUUGUAGAUGAACACAUUGUGAAGUGCUAGUUGAGGAGUUGAGAAUUGAACAGUAACAGUAGAUGGAGCGCAAGUGGUUGUGGAAGAAGAAGCCUUUGGAGAAGAGCUCUGGAGAAACUGAUAGUUCAGGUUCAGUAUCUUCGAACUCGGAGAGGUACUCCGAUGAACAGCAGGAGGCACAAAAGGCAUCUCCGAAUCAUGAUGCUCAAUCACCUGAAGUCACAUCAAAAGCAGCAUCCAGUGCUGACCAUGUUAAUUAUAGUCUGAAGAGUCUAACGGAGAGAUUAUCAGCUGCUCUUGUGAAUGUUAGCGCCAAAGAAGACUUGGUGAAGCAGCAUGCCAAAGUUGCUGAAGAAGCUGUCGCAGGCUGGGAAAAGGCUGAAAAUGAGGCUGCGGUUUUUAAGUCAGAACUUGAAGUUACAGUUCAGCAAAACUCGACUUUGGAAGAUCGUGUAAGCCAUCUAGAUGGGGCCCUCAAGGAAUGCGUUAGACAGCUUAGACAAGCGAGAGAGGAGCAGGAACAAACCAUACAGGAAGCUGUGCUGAAGAAAACCCGUGACUGGGAGUCCACCAAGUUGAAGCUUGAAAGUCAGAUUAUUGAGCUACAGAGAAAAGCAGAAGUGAAUAGAUCUGAAGCUUCUGCUUUUGUCGAUCCUCAUCUUUCUCAUAAGCUGCAAUCUUUAGAAAAAGAAAACUCGGCCCUAAAGCAUGAGCUACUGACUCAAGCAGAGGAGUUGGAAAUCAUGACAAUUGAAAGGGACUUGAGUACUCAAGCAGCUGAAACAGCCAGUAAGCAACAUUUAGAGAGUAUAAAAAAGGUUGCAAGGCUUGAAUCCGAGUGCCGGAGGCUAAAAGCUUUGGGUAGUAAAAUACCUACUGUCAUUGAUCACAAGUCCAGUGCUGCUUCUUCAAUGUACGUGGAGUCUUGCAUGGAUAGUCAAUCGGACAGUGGAGAGCGGCUAAACAUGAUGGAGAUAGAUUCUCAAAAGAUGAAUGGCUCAGAGGCAAACAAGCGUGACCUGACUUUCUCUGACUGUUGGGCUUCGGCCCUGGUUGCUGAGCUUGAUCAGUUCAAGAAUGAAAAGGCUGUAAACAGAAAUUUGCCUGCCCCUUCCAUUGAUGUUGAUCUCAUGGACGAUUUCCUAGAGAUGGAACGACUUGCUUCGUUGCCACAGACUGAGAAUGAAGCUAGUUAUCUGGAAUCCGAAGCCAUAGUUAAUCAAACCAAUAAUGAAGAACGUGCCUUGAGAGCUGAACUUGAAGCCAUGAGUCAUCGGAUGGCUGAACUUGAGGACAAGUUAGAAAAGCUUGAAGUAGAGAAAGAAAAGUUAGAGGUAGAGAAUGCUGAAAUUGAAGCUAUGAGUCAUCGGGCAGCCGAAUUAGAAGACAUGUUAGAAAAGAAGGAAGUUGAGAGAGAAAAUUUGGAAGUAGAGAAAGCUAAAAUAAAAACCGCUUUAGCCAAAAGUCAAGAAUGUUAUGUGGCAGCAGAGUUUCAGCUUAAAGAAGCAGAAAUGAAGUUGGAGGAGUUACAAAAGGAGCUAAGUAUUGCAAAUGAAUCAAGGCAGACUAUUGAGUCUCAGCUCAUUAGCAUGGAAGCAGAGGCGUGGACCAUGUCUGCUAAGGUUGAUUCUUUGGAAGCAGAGGUUCAAAGGGAGAGGGCUUUGUCAACAGAAAUUGCCAUCAGAUGUCAGGAUUUAGAGGAGGAGCUAUCAAGAAAAAACGAAGAAUUCAAGCUUCAGAAAACUGCUUGCUCGAACAGUGAAUUGAAGAGAAAGCAGGAAGACCUAGCUGUAGCAGCUGGAAAGCUUGCUGAGUGCCAGAAGACAAUAGCAUCGCUAGGAAAUCAACUCAAAUCUCUAGCGACACUAGAAGAUUUCCUGAUAGACUCCGAAAGCCUCCCAGGGUUCACUGGUGUUGCGCCGCAGAUUCCUCAAGCUGAUGAACGGUGGAAGUUGCAUUCCAAUGUGACAUUUUCACCUAAACGAGAUUCUGUAUCAAGACCAGCCGAUGAGAGUUGUGGUCCUUCAACAAAUAGAAAUGAGGACAACUCCCCACCAUCUUCGUCUGCAUCAACCUCAUCCACUGUGUUGUCGACUCAUGUCAGCUCUGAGAAGAAUCGAAAUGGGUUUGCGAAGUUCUUCUCCCGAACCAAGAGUGGGAUACGACUAGAAAUUUAGGCGAGAUUAAUACUUUAGUAGAUAAAACAAGAAACGUAAUUGGUUUGUGGGGUUUGUAUUACAGCAGGGAAGUUAGUGCUUCAGUUUAUUUGCAAGAGAUUCUCAGCUCUUAUAAUUUUAUCCUUUUUGGGGCA